AUGAUUUACCGGCCGUCAAGCGUUCGCGGAGAGAGAUUCGAUCAUCUAUAUUACCCUAACUUGAAAGGGAAAGUUUGGCAAGAGGCGAGGAUUUUGAGAGAGGGAGAGAGCAAAGAGCAUUUAAUUCGAUUGCCUUUUCUGCACCACCAUUUGUUGGAUGCUUCGCCACUCAAAAGAUCGCCUUUUGAUCGAAUCUCGGGCGCCAUGGUGGUCUCGUCGGCGUCGCUACCUCGCGCUCGAGGAUUCCCCCGAUCUGAACCCUCGAUCUUAGGGCUCACGCAGGGCUCCUGCUGCAGGCCUUGCUGGUUGACGAUGCCCCGGCGACGCGGCAAGGUCGUCGCCCUCGCGCUGCAGUCCGAUCACUUCUUGCUGUCGGAGAGAAGCAGCCCCGGCGAGGUGAAGAAGGAAAUGAAUAGUUGCUAUGAACUUGUAAACAAGCUUGGCAGGGGUGUAGUGUAUCUCGGUUCAUCACGAUUGAAAGAAGGUCACCCACAUUAUGAGCAAGCAGCAAAAUUGGCUAGCGAGAUAGCUCUCCUUCUAGACUGCACCACAUGGUCAGGAGCUGGCCCAGGUCUGAUGGAUGCGGCCGUCAAGGGUGCUCUUCAAGUAAACAAGCCGGUUGGAGGGUUCAAGAUAGCAAGGGAAUCAGGAGAGUGGACAUCGUCAAAAAUCCAUCCUUACCUCCCUCCUGAAUCGUAUUUUACGUGCAGGUUUUUCUCAGCAAGAAAACAUGGAUUGGUGGAAGCUGCAGUGAGGAACAACCCUUCCGACAUGACUGCUAUUGUUGCCUUCCCGGGCGGAAUUGGAACCUUAGACGAAUUGUUUGAGAUGCUUGCCUUGAUUCAACUCGAAAGAAUUGGCUCCAAAUUUCAAGUGCCCUUCUUGCUGAUGAACUAUGAUUCAUUCUACUCGAAGCUACUUGAGUUCCUAGAUGACUGCCGAAAAUGGGGAACAGUUUCAAGCGGAGAGGUCGAAUCCUUGUGGAAGGUAUGCAGCGGGAAUCAUGAGGCUUUGGAUUACUUGGCUGCGUUCUAUGGACACCCUCGACACAUUGAACAAUGAGAUUUUGGGCCGGAAAAGAUAAUCUCUGAGAGGUGUCCUUGUAGUCGUGCGAUAAAUGUUGUUCUGCGCGAAUUGGAAUAUUAAAAAUAGUUAAUCUUCAAAGAUUGAGCAAACAUUGUUUUAGUGAAUUCUCAGACAAGGGACUGGACAAUAAAAUUAGUAAACCACUAUUUCAUUCUUA